CUCUUCUCCGCAUGCGCCCGGAUGACAUCCGAAGGCGGAGCCCAAUCGCAGUCGCAUGCUACGCCGAGGCGUCAAGGUCUCAAAGCCUAAGGCACGCCAUUGUCAUCAUCCUACCGUCUGCCGUCUGCCGUCUGCUCCAGCUGUCAUCUCUCCUACAAUUAAUUCCGACACAGGCUCGACUGAUGCCACUCGGCCGCCAUGUAUCGACGCAGCGAUCCUCGCUUCCGCCGGACCAUCAACGAGAUCUCGCAGACCAUCGAGUCGGCCAAUGAGUCCGCCCAGGCCAACAUCUUCACCUUUUCCCAUAGAUACCUGGGUCCCUGCUUUUCUUCCAUCGGAAACUGCUUCCAGUCCUGUUCUUCCUGCGUACCAUGCUGUGACGACCGUCUACGCCGUAGCCGCGCCCGUUCACGCGCCCGUCCCGAGCUGAGCUUCGACUUCUAUGACGACUGGGAUGAUGAUGAGACUGCCGGUCUGUUGGCAUGGGAUACCGAAGAUGCAAGCUAUGGCGCUGGCACCGUGUCAGAUCAACCUGCCCGCGAGCGUGCCAUGAGCUAUGGUGCUCGCCGGGACAAGUACGGCCAUCGCAAACCUCAGCCACGAGAUGAUCCUGAUACCGAUCCGACCCUUAUACCUGCUACUUCCUACUUUGGUUUCCUGGGCAAAUUUUCCAGUAAAAUCACCAGCGGCAAGGCCUUGCGCUACAAGCCCUCAGCCGCCGAUCUGCAAGAACAUCCUGGCGCCUCAAGGACAAUGCCCCCACUCGCAGAAGAGAACGACGAUUUUUCUCCUAGAAAGAGAAGCAAUACCACUGGGAGCAAUGCCACCGUCGAUUCGUUCAGUUCGAGGGGAGAUCUCUUCCCAAGCGAGGACGAAGACGAUGCUCACGAGCUUGACGAUGAAUUCGCCAUGGUUUUGGAGCGUCGCACUACAGGCGCCGGACUAGAAGACGUCAACAGUAAUGGUAAACCACGCCGCCCUGGGAAGCGUCCAAGCACUGGCUCUAGGAUGUCGACUCGAACCAUGUCAAGCAGAAGUACGCGUAGCUCGAAACGACGAUCUCGAGUAGCUAGCUCCUCACCAUCAAGAGAAGCCAUAAUAGAGCGCGAGCCCAAGUCCAUACCAUCCAUGACUGAGCUUAAGCAAGAAGAGGAAAGACUGCGAGAAGAGGAAGAAACUGCCAUUGCUGAGAAAAGAGACGCUGCCCGAGGUCUUGCACUGAAACGCGGACUGAGCGUCAGUGAGCCAUCGCCUAUGGAGCACAUGUCGUCUUCUGCGGAACCAAAGCCUGCUCCAAGCCCGGAUACCACGCGCGACGAGUCCACCGGUCAUACGCAGGAGCACAAGUUACCAAUAUCUUCUGCAUCAGCCGAGGACGACAGGUCAACAGGCAGCGACACCGUCCCGUUCCCAAGCUUUGAUCCACAAGAGGCGGUAGACGACGAACCUGAGUUUGUACCGGCUCAGAUGCCUCGAUUCGCGGGCUCAUGAUGAAUGAUUUCGAUAGCUAUAAAUUCAUAAUCGCAGCGAAGGAGUUUUGGUGCUUUGUGGGCAAGGGAAGAUUAAACUGGGAACGAAUCAUAUGUGCAUAACGAAUCUUCUAUUAUACUUGGUGGUCCGGUGGGUUUGACGUAUCGUUAGAGGAGAGAAUAUUAAUAAUAUCCGCGUGAAAUUUCUACACUAUCAAGCGC